AUGAAGCUCUACCCCUCCAUCACCCCAGACCUCGCGGAAUGGGCCGCCCGCCAACCCGUCUUCUUCACGGCCUCCGCGCCGACCCACCUCCCGCACAUCAACGUCUCCCCCAAGGGCCUCUCCGCCCACUUCGCCGUCCUCGGCCCCAACCUCGUCGCCUACAUCGACCGCACCGGCUCCGGCUGCGAGACCAUCGCCCACGCCUACGAGAACGCCCGCCUCACCCUCAUGUUCAUGUCCUUCGGCCCCGCCCCGCGCAUCCUCCGCCUCUUCUGCCGCAGCCGCAUCGUCGAGUGGGAUGACCCGGAGUUCGAGUCCUGGAUGAAGCGCAUCGUCCCCAAGGGCGCCGCCGGCCGGGACACCUACGACGGCGCGCGUGCCGUCGUCCUCGGCGAGGUCUGGGAGGUCCAGACCUCCUGCGGGUUUGGCGUUCCCAUGGUCAGGAAGGAGCUGUACGCCCCCGCCGCGGCGUCGGACGACGGGUCCCUCGAGAAGGGCGGCGGCGGCGGCGCUGCUUCUCAUCCCGAAGGCGAAAGGGACGAGCUCUCCGUCUUCGAGGAGCGCCCCACCCUCGACAACUACUGGAAGAAGCGCGCCGACAACAACACCGUCCACAAGUACCAGCUCGAGACGAACCUCACCUCCAUCGACGGCCUGCCCGGGCUCAAGACGGCGCGGAGGGCAGCCGGCGAGGUCCUCUGGCUCGCGGGUGUCAAGGCGAGAGCGGCGCGUGCCCUUCGCGAGAGGGACGGCGUCCUGCUCGGCUUCUUCCUCGCGGUUCUUCUCUACGGUGUUUUGGCUUUGGUAAAAUGA